AUGACCGGGCUGCAGCUCGCACAGCAGCUGGCGCAAAUGGCCCACGACCCUGGCACGCUGGCACAGCUGUCCGCUGGGAGGUCCUUACUGCAACAGCAGGGCAACAACGCCGCCGUUGCAGCCCCAGGGACGGGACUUGAUCAGCAGUCCCCCAUGGAGGCUGCAGGCGAAGUGGGCGCAGCUGCCAACACCGCUGAUGCUGCUGAUGAAGACGCUGCUGCUGCUAGCGCUGCAGCAGGCACUGCGGCAGGCGCUGCGGCAGGCACUGCGGCAGGCAGUGACGAGCCGCUCGCCAAAAAGGCACGCCUGGAGCAGCAGGAUCCGCCACCAGACCUUGAGCCGGGGGAGGAGCCGGAUGAGGACGAGGAUGGCGGCGGCGGCUUCGGUGGCGGCGGCGGCGCUCGCAGUGGCAGCGGCCCGCGGCCCCCGAGUGCACGUGACCACCGGCUGCGGCAGCGGCGCUGGUGGGCGUUGAAGCGGCGGUUUGCGGACCUCACGGCGCAGGUGGAGGCGGCAGUCUGCGAGGCCAAGGCGCUCAUCGCAUGGCGCGCCGCUGCGCGGCCGCCGCGCGCCGCGCGUUUGAGCCCCCAGGAGCGCGAGGUCCUGGCGGUGCAGCACAACCGGCGGCUGCUGGACGUGGCCAGCAAGGCCUGCCUCGCGGUCAUCAAGGCCAUGAUGGUGCAGAAGUUCUCGUGGCCCUUCAACACCCCAGUGGACGUCAAGCGCUACCCGGAUUACCAGCAGGUGGUGGCAGAGCCCAUGGACUUUGGCACCAUGAAGGACAGGGCGGAGAGGGGGGCGUACAGGGACCCGCAGCAGGUGUACACCGACUUCAUGCUGGUGUUCACCAACAGCCGCCAGUACAACCCACCCGGGUCCGACGUGUACUACAUGUCAACAGUGCUGCAGGAGGCGUUCCUGGAGCAGUGGAAGAAGGUGGUGGUGCCAAAGCUGCAGGAGUGCGCCAAGCAGAGCGCGGCAGAGGAGGCCACCAUGGCGGGCCGCAAGCUGGCAGUGGCACGCGCAGAGGAGGAGAGAGAAAUGCAGGACGCAGCCUGCAAGCUGGUGGCGUUCCUGGACGACCUGCAUGAGCAGCUGGCAGCGGUGCGCGUGGAGGCGGCGCUGGCCUGCGAGCCCCUGGCACCAGAGGCGCGUGCUGAGCUGGCGCGGGCGCUUGCGGCCCUGCCCACGGCCCAGCUGGAGGCGGCCCUCGGGCUGGUUCUGCCGCAGAUGGCCCCCCACCUGGCGUCGUCUGGUGCCCCAGAGUCGAGGUUGGAGGUGGAGGUGGACCUGGGCCGCUGCAGCGCACUGGAGCUCAGGCAGCUGCAGUCCUUCCUGGGGGCCUGCCAUGACGCGCCACCAAACGGCAAGGACGGCGGCGGCGGCGCGACGGCGACGGAGGGGCAGCAGCUGGGGCAGGGCAAUGCUGCGACGGCGGGCGGCGGGCGGGAGGUGUCUGGCUUCCCUGCGGGCCUGCUGCGCGACCACUCGCUCAGCGAGCACGCCGGGGUGGUGUGGCCGGGCGUCCUGGUCGGGGCAGGGCUCAAGGCGCGCAGCGUGACCCUGCUCCCCGGAGGGCCUCGCGUGGACGACCCCCCACCCACCGCCCCUGCAGGCGCGGCUCGUGGAUCCAAGGCCGACCCUGGCUCUGUCACGGCGCAGGCUGAGGCCGCUCCUGCUGCUGCGACCAUGCACCCCGCUGUGCCGCGCGGCAUCGGCGGUGGUGACCAUCACAUGGCGGGCGUUUGA